AUGGGGAGGACGCGGCCGGGGGGCGCGGUGACGUCAGGCGGCCGCCAUGUUGCCUCCAGCUGCGGCCGGGUAGGGGCGGGGAGGGGAGGGGAGGGGAGCGAUAACGGGCAGCGAGCGCCUGCCGCGCGCUCUGCCGUGCGCCCGAGCGGCCGUCGUUCUCCGUACUACCGCCGCCCUGCGCGAAGGGCCGAGCGAGCCACUGCGCAAGCGCACCGGAGCGUCGCGUGGGCGUCGUCCCCGGGCUUUAACGAAGGGCGCGCGCCCCGGCAGCGUCGCCCGCGCACUCUCGCUCCGUCUCGAUCCCGCAGCCGCCCACCGCGUCCGACCGUCUCUGUCGACGUGCGCACGCCCCUCCGCGGCCAGGUAGCUCGGCCAGUAUCGAUCGGUGCGGGCCGUCCGGGGGCCGGAGUGCCGCCCACGCCGGCGGAGGGCGCUCGGGGUACCUGUUGGCAGCGUCGGCGUCGGCGCAGACGGCGCGCGGGGCUGCAGCCGCCGCCACAGCGUGGCGGUGCGCGCCGGCUGGCCGCGGGGCGCUGA